GCACCCCGUCGUUGUGAUCGUAUUCGAGGGCACCCCCUGUCACUGGCGAGAGCCGCGACAGGGAGCGACCGAGAGAGUAUCGGACAGACAGACAGACGGACGGACAGACGGACGGACGGACAGACGGUCAGUCAGUCAGUCAGUCAGUCAGUCGGUCCACUCAGUUAGCCAACCAACGGAAGUUAGUAGUAGUCGUCGUGUGAGAAAAACUGUACUGCACGAGGGGACGGAAGGACUGAACAACAUAUAUCUAUACACGUAUACAUAUACAUACAUAUAUAUGUACAAACAUUGAAGAGAGGCACGCUGAUGAAAGAGGAUCGAGAGACGUGGACGGACGGCGAGUGAAUAAAGAAGAGCGGAGUAAGAACGAAGAGGAAUACAGACGAAGAUACAAGGAAAAUCGGUAGUAGGCAUCAACCUGAUCAAGUAGUAGCAUAGUAGUUGUCUAGUGGUAGUACCGAGAGAAAAAGAAAACGCGAGUUUGCUAGUACGAAUCACAGAAAGGGGUGAGGCCGGAAAAGUCGAGGAGGGUUCUCGUGCGAACAGGCUGGCAUGGUGGCGGUGCAUCCUACGAAGGAGCUGCCCUCGCUGUGCCGAUGACGAGGCUGCAGAUCACGCCCCAACGUGAGCAAGGAAGGACGAAGAGGAAGCCGCAGCAGGCACCGUCAACGGAUAGCUCGAUCAUCCGGGGAGAGGUUAACGGCAGGUUACAGAUACGGACGGCGCUGAGUGACGGACGGCGGCGACGGAGGCGACGGCGUCGCAACAUCGACGACCGCAUCGUCGUGGUCGACGGCUGGUGUAACGAGGAACGCGAUACCGGCGAUAGCGGUGCCGGUGGCGGGCUAGGCGUCGCGCUAGUCGACGUCCUCGACGUCCUCGACGUCCUCGGGAUCGUCGAUCGUCGUCGGUACGGUGGGAUACUACGUCAGGAUCAUCGUCGUCGCCGGCGCCGAGUGAUCAACACCUGGUGAACGAAGCACGGGGAACCCGUGGUUGCAACGGCUACGGAACACCACAACUGCGUCAACAUGCCGCGCUGCCUCAUGGCCAAGAAAUGGAAGGCCUACCCGUGGCCGGAUCGUGUCGACGAUCCACAGGAAGAACAGAACGAUCCUUCGAACAUUCUACAGGAGCAGGGGAACCACGGGAUACAGCAGACUUCCGCGUCAUUAGAGAAGAGGCAACACAGGCAUGAGCCAGAGGACGAGGAGAUCGACGUGGUUGGGGAUACGGAUAGCAGGCAAGUCGAUCAUCAGCAGACCUGUUGGGGUCCGCAUAGUCCAACCGCUGGUGCCACUGCACCUAGUCCACCACCACUGAACGCAUCUGGUGCUCUGUAUUAUCAUGGUUACACGCACGAGUCAUGGAUCAACCACGAAGAACCACCAAAGUACGCGACGCUGCGCUCAGCGGCGGAGUUGGCCCGACCAGUGGUACCAUCUCCGCCGCCUCCAGCCGCGCCUCAAGAGCUGGCCGCGGUGAUGACCGGGUCCAGCCUGCACCAACCACACCCAGCAGCCCCAAUGACAACUCCGUCGUCGUCGUCCACCUCGCUAUGUUUGCCCCCGAGGAAAAGCCUCUCGAUGUGUUUCACCAGCACAGGGACGGCGCUAUCGCUGCCCCCGAAGAAGAAGGACAUUUACAGGCCAUAUAGCCUCCAGCCGAUGUCGGAUAUCCGCACGUCGGAGAUCCGCACGCCGGAGAUCCGCACAUCGGAAGUCCGCACAUCGGAGAUCCGCACGUCGGAGAUCCGCACGUCGGAGAUUCGCACAUCGGAGAUCCGUACGUCGGCCGAGGAGGAUCUGUCCGCCGCGCAGGCGAUCCUCGACCUGAGCGCGUCCCCGGCUGCGCCCACGCACUCGGUCUUCAUUCACACUUUAUCGCCUCCGCCUCCGCCUCCUCCGCCUCCAACGGUACCGUGCGUCGCGACGACAGGCCAGCUGCAGCCGACACAGUUGCAGCCGGCGCCGACCGCGCAGCCUAUCCCUGUCUCCGUGCUGGUACCGGUGCCCAGCUCGCAAACUAACCAAUUGCGACAACAGGAGCAAACCCCGCAGCCUCAGUCGCCCGCCACCGCGGAGGCCAACGCAAAUUGCUCCGCCGGAAGAGAUGGCACCAGCAGCGGCAGCAAGACGGUGGCCUACACGUACGAAGCAUUCUUCGUGUCGGAUGGCCGGUCGAAGCGUCGCAGUGUGAAUACAAAUGGCGCCGCGGUGCCUGACAAGGAGGCUGCUCAGCCGGAUAGGCCAAAGUUCACGUGCACGGAGUGCGGCAAACAGUACGCAACCUCGUCGAACCUGUCCCGGCACAAACAGACGCAUCGCAGCCUCGACUCUCAAUCGGCAAAGAAGUGCAUUCACUGUGGCAAAGCGUACGUGAGCAUGCCAGCCCUGGCGAUGCACGUGCUGACCCACAAGUUGGCCCACAGCUGCGGCGUCUGUGGCAAGAUGUUCUCCAGGCCUUGGCUGCUACAAGGCCAUCUGAGAAGUCACACGGGAGAGAAGCCAUACGGGUGCGCGCAUUGCGGCAAAGCGUUCGCCGAUCGGUCGAAUCUACGUGCCCACAUGCAGACGCAUUCCGCGGACAAGAACUACGAGUGCUCGAGAUGCCACAAAACCUUCGCUCUCAAGUCCUAUCUGAACAAACAUCUGGAGUCCGCUUGUUUACGCGACGACGAGAUGCCGCCGCAACAACAGCAACAACAGCAACCUGCUACCAAUGGUAGCAACGCGACGACGCAACAUCAACAGAGCAACAAUCGUGGUUUGUAGCAGCGCUUCGACGACAGGAAGACCACGACCAGGCGCCUCGACGCCCUAGAGACCGCUGCUAGGGAGAGCUAGCGGUCGUUCCCAGCGACGCCCGGCUAACCGGGACGACGAGGCAAGAUCGAUGGAAGAAGAUUGACGGGGAUGAGGAGGGAGAAAGGGAGAAAGAAUAAAGGUUUGCCGUAGGUUUUAAGUAGAAAAGUGCCAGUAGAGAAAAUGGAGGAUAAUAGAGAGAAGUAACCUAAUGGUAGAUGGGUAGAGGGUGAAGAGAGGGGGAAAUGAUAGGAGUGUGUCGGUUUCUUAAAUAAUGUCUAACAUUAAUAAAAACGUCCAAUAAUGUUAAGUCUUAAAACGAGCAGAAAGAAAAAGAAGAAUAAAAAACAAGAUGAAACGACGAUGGAUAAAGGAGAGAACGAUGAAAAAAAAAAAAGAUGAGAUGAAAGAAACGAGAACAAAGAACACGUCGAACGGUGACGUCCACACUGCAGUCUAGUCACUCUAGUCGAUUAUAUCUAAUACAUUAUGAUAUUAUAUUAUUAUAUUAUAUAUUAUAUUAUUAUUAUAUAUAUAGUAUAUUUACUAGCGCGUACGGUUCUAGUCGCGAGCUCGUUACGGAGACACACUAUUUAUUGAUACUUAGCUGCCUAAAUGAAAUAACGAAUAAAAAGAAAAUUCUUCGAGGAUUAAACAAGAAUUACACACGUACACGCAUAUAACAAACCAAGGGGGACACACACCACGAUAUAACGAUAAUAACGACGAUAACGAAGCAGAUUAUUGAAAGGAAAUUAAAAGACGAUAGAUUCGGUGCAAUAACGACUCAAUUAGAAGAAGGCUCGACUUAACCACGAGCUAACGAAAUUUCCGGCCGGUUUUCGAUUCUCCCCAAAUCCUUUCCCCCGCGAGACCCUGCAUCGACGCUCGUCCUCAGCGUCCUAAUGCCAAUGCAUUGGCGACACGGGUAUCGAAUCGUGUCUAGAGAUCGAUUCGUCGCUCUCGUUGAAACGUACAGUCGUCACCGGACCACUUCGUUUCUUCCGAAGAGCAUCGGAUCGAAACUCGAGACGAUCGGCCCUCUCCCAUGUUCCUUUUUUCGAUGGCUCCUUCCACGGUUGGACCACAAUUACACUCGACCACAGGGCGAUCGACGGAUGAUGGAUACUCUCGAUACAGGCGCCGGUGCAGGCCUGUACGUUUCUUUCGAUGAUAAGGAAGGAGGUUGUAUAUAACUGGCUCGUGUAACUUAUUUUCAUUUUUCUCACGUUGAUUGUUAGAUCUCUUGGCGGCCGUUUGAUGGUAACUUUUGCGGUUGAGUAGUGGACAAGGGAGUAUUUGAUCAGUAGCAGCCUUUUCAAGAAAGACAUAGAAAAGCAAAAAUCGAAAUUCAAUUUUAUGUAGACCAUAUGUGAAGGAUCUGAAGUGCUCGAGUAGACAAAAUCGGGCUAAUUAUUUAGGCAGGAGAGAAAAAUGAAUCUCCCGUUUGUUUCAUAGAAAUUAGUAGAAAAUUCGAAGAUUCUACGCCAUACAUUGCAUAAGAAUUAUUAUACCGGACGAAAUAAUAAUGCGAUAGAUGUCAAAAAUUUCCUUGCUCGCCACCGUGUACCUCGACCAUCCCAAUACGCUCUACGUCAUGCAAAACCGUUUCAUUCUUACGAACGACAGUUCGCAGAACUCCUCAACUUUUCAAAUAUUUAAUUCCAUCAAUUUUCUCAUCGUUAUUUUUACCUCGCACAGAAGAACACGGUUCCCAUAAAAGAACGGGGAGAGAGAAAAAAAAAAAAAAGAAGAGAAAGUCAUCGACAGUGAUGCGUGGCAUAGAACGUGUUAACGACACGUGGACAUCGAUCGAGCUGCCUCGAGGUCGUCGUAUUUGCAAUACUUCCAACGUGUUCACAGUUUUCAGCGAUGUUACACGAUCGGUUAUAUAGAAGCUCGAAUACGAAAUAAAGUAAUAUUCUAAGCGCGUUCACACGCGUACACAUUUACAUUACACAGUAGGUAUACAUAAGAACACGUAGGAGAAACAAACAAAUAUACACAGACACACGACACGAAGCGCGUUACACGUAAUAUUUAGAGCAGAUUCGAGUAAUAGAUGCGUAACUUUGUUAUACACAUAUUUUAUAGAAGCAAUAUAACGAGUAAGGAAAAAAAAGUAAUAAUGACGACGCGUACGGUCAAAAGCAAUGUUUCGACACAACGAAUUAUAUAAUUAUACAUAUAGAGGCGAACAUCGAAGUUUUAACGUGAUGGAAAACGAUGAUUUGCUUCGGCAGAAACUUCUUCGAUCGUCUGAACCCUAACCACGCUCUUCCGUUUUUCGCGAUCGUCGUCCAAAAUUGGCGCUACGACCAGUCGGAUUUCGCGACUCGUAAAAAUUCAUCGAUUCUGCCUCUUUUAAACUAAAGCAAUAUCUUCGAACGUUCCAACGAACAGGCCGCUUCCAUUUUAGAAUUUAACGAAAGAAAAUAAUUGAAUAUUUAUCGGUUCGAUCGUGGGAGAGAUCGACUAAUCAGUGGCUUCGUGGUUUGCCUUUUAACGAUGGAGAAUGCGCUUCGUAAGGCUUAAUUAGCUUCUGAUAUCUUUUAAACGAGCUCAAGUAAGCUUCGUGCAACGAACAUUUGGAACACCAAUCUAGUCUUAAAAAGAAAUUCCGUUUAAGUAUAUUUUAUAUAACGAACAACGACCUUCGCUCCGAAUGACAAACGUAGUGUUAGUGACGCGUGUGAAACUCCCGCUCUGUAAGCAACGCAACGAUUACACAUCGAAAUUCGCGAAUCCUUUUAUCGCAAUAUUAAACGCAAAUCCUUGGAACUACGUUUUGUAGAAAAAAAAAACAAAGAAACAUUUCGAAACAACGAAAAGGGAGUGUCAGCGAAAUCCGGCUGAAAAAUCCGACCUCCGUUUCAUUCGACCAACUUUUUCUCCGAAAGCAACGAUUACAGCGCGCCGAAUAAUUCCCGGAAAAAUAACGAAAAGGAAGAAAAAGGAGAGAGGAAAAGUAUAGAGGGAUUGAAAAAAGAAAAAAAGAAGGAAAUACACGCGAAACACGAUCGCGAGAGAACAAAGAAGAGCGUGGAUCAGUGCCAGCUUGGGAAGAGCUGUCGCGACGAUCCAACGAGUCCUUUUGUAUUAAUUAUUGCCGACAAAUAAUUACCGCGUUGCAUGUACAGAGUAGCCGACCUCACCGCCAAAACAGUAAAAAGAAGCAAAAAUGGCAAAAAAAAAAGAAA